CGUCAUAACGGUCGGAAUUUGCACUCUUCAAGUGAAUCGUUCUGAAAAAUGUAAAGGUUCGAAAAAAAAAGCGACCGCCACACACACUUUUUUUUUUGGGAUUGUACGCACAUACUGCUUUAAUUUUGGCUUCAGCGCACUUAGUCAUGGAUCCUUCCGUUGGCUACUGGCCGUGCAAGGUUGGUCAAUGGCCGAUUGACAAAAAGAAACUACUCGAAAACUUCCUGGUUACAGAACCCUCCUUUCACAAGACACACACUCUAACACCCUACGUGACAGGAUCCUCUGUUCUGGGUAUCAAAUACAAGGAUGGAGUCAUGCUGGCGGCAGACACGCUCGCUUCGUACGGGUCUCUGGCUCGUUUUCGCCUCGACCGAAUCAAGAAAAUCAAUAAAACAACGCUGCUCGCCGCUAGCGGAGAAAUGUCAGACUUUCACUCAAUAGUUCGCGACUUGGAUCGCAUGAUGACUGCCGAGUUCUGUAUGAACUACGGCCACGAAUCAACUGCUCACGAGAUCUUCUCAUAUCUGUCUCGAGUUAUGUACCAUAAACGCAACCGCUUCGACCCCCUCUGGAAUCAGCUCGUGAUCGCCGGAUUCGAUUCCGAAGGUAAAUCUAUGUUGGGAUACAUCGACCUAAACGGCACUGCAUUUAGAGAUGACGCCAUAGCCACAGGAUUUGGAGCCUAUCUCGCACUUCCAGCACUCAGAAAUAAUCAGAGUGAUCAGAUGACGGAGGAGUCGGCCUUCAAACUGCUGGAAGACUGCUUGAAAGUUCUAUUCUAUCGCGAUGCAAGAGCGUCCAGCGAAAUCCAAAUUGCGAAAAUCACACGCGAUACCAUCGAAAUCUCAAGUCCUUACAAACUAAGCACCGAUUGGUCAUUGGCUAAGAUUGAUUGAAAAGCGAAAUCCUAAAGCCGAAUGCCACCUUUAAUAAAUAUAUGCAGAACGAACAUAUGCACAAAAUACAAACUCUGCGUGUGUACGUCGUGUUCUAUGCUGUCAUACUAAUAGAGCGUCGCGCAAGCUGUUCUAUCAGACUCUAUAAAAGCGUUUCGUUUAUUCUUCAGACCGCAUUGUCUCCACGCCCCUUUCAACGGGCUCCUCGGUCUAUUUCAAGAGUCCCUUGUAUAUAUACUGAGAAACGAGAGUCAAACGGUACAACAUCUUUUUGACCCCAUUCUGUGAGGGGGGGGCAGACUCCGAAGUAGGGGCAAAUCCCUCUACGUACCACCGUUCUAAACAUUCAUGAACCCCUGUGAGCUCGCGUAGAGAGCCAGAGAAUGCAUACUAGGUCUUCGCCGUUGAUGCGCGAAAAUUUACCGCGAAGUCCACCGCGCACUCUGUCGAACGGACCCCAGACGGAAAGGGCCUUUUCUCCUCGCUAGCAGGUCCUUUGCCCCGUGACUCGCUCAAUUCUGCCCGCGACACUCGAACGAAAGCUGGCAGGAAGCAAACGGCCCCGUCUUUCGAACGUGCGCAGGUUACCGCUCGCAGCGCCGCGCGGCCGAGCCGGCAAGACAGAAAAUGCGAUAGUCCUCGCAGAGCCUUGCUGUUCGAAGACAGACAGGGACCCGGGAAAGGAUU